AUGGCUACGAUCCUUCGUAAUGCGCUAUUAGUCGCACUCACAGCUACUCCUACGAUCCAAUCCGUUACACCAGUUCCAGUAAGGGUUGUUAGCUCGUCAAGUCACAUAUUACGCACCCAGCAAACAUGCACGGGCGAUGUAAAGUGUACUUGCGAGGUACUUCGUGACGUUUUAACAGAUGUAAACGGAACUUUAUUCCCCUCAGACGGAGCUACAUAUAACGACAUCGAAGAUGAAAAUUAUUCUGCAGCAUGUAGGCUACCGGCUGCGUGUAUUGUCAGCCCGAAGAACGCCCAGGAAGUAUCUAUGGCAGUAAAGAUACUCUCCCAAAAUGGGGCCAAGUUUGCAAUUAGGAGUGGUGGUCACAACUACAUUCCAGGCUUUGCAAGUGUCGACGAAGGGGUUCUAAUUUCGCUUUCAAGCUUAAAUUCAACAGAGUUGUCAGAAGACAAGACAACCGCUAAAAUUGGGCCUGGGAACAGAUGGCAAGCAGUUUACGAGGCUCUUGUGCCCGAAGGCCUAGUCGUGGUCGGUGGGCGUGUCGGCCCUGUCGGUGUUGGUGGGUUGAUGCUCGGGGGUGGACUAAGCUACUUCUCAACCCAACGUGGCCUUGCUUUUGAUAAUGUCAAAUCGUACGAGGUGGUUCUAGCUGAUGGGACCAUUGUCACCGCUUCAGCUGACAACGAGUAUUCGGACCUGUAUAAGGGGCUACGAGGUGGCACCUCUAACUUUGGUAUAGUAACAAGUUAUGAACUUUACACAUACCCCGUUGGGGACUUCUAUGUCGAUGCCCGCGCCUAUAGUCCGAAUCAGACCUCUGAUUUCCUACACGCCGUUGCCGAAUAUCAGAAGGAGGGACAGUUAGACCCGUUGUCAAGUAUUAGUGAAAGUGGCCCGACCAUUCUUCUACUCUAUAACGAACCGGUGCAACAAGCUAAAGCAUUCGAUGCCUUCUAUGCUCUUGGGGCGUACCAGCCGAUCCUACCAGCUUUUAACGGUUCACUCUUGGAUAUCAUGGCUUUGACGGGAUCUCGAUUCUCAACCGGCGAGAUACGCACUUAUGGCGAGACAUUUAGUCACAAGACAGACGCUGAUCUCAUGGUCGAGUUAUAUAGUAUCUUUACUGAGGAAACGGCUAGCCUCCCCAGUGGCGCUUCGGCUGUUUGGGUACCAAAUUCAAUUGCAGCUAGUGUAGCUACGCUGGGAAAACAAUAUGGUGGGAACUUGCUAGGCCUAGAGGAGGUCCCGCAACAAUGGUAUGAGUGGUACAUAACAUGGACAGACCCAACGCAGGAUAGAGCCAUAUGGGAUAUCUCCCAGAGAAUAACUGAACGUUGCACGGACGCAGCCAAAGUAAAGGAUUUGCUUUUACCGUACAUUUUCAUGAACACAGCAGGCAAGAUACAGGACGUAUUGAAUGGCUAUGGCACAGAAAAUGUCGAGCACAUUAAGGCGACAGCAGCGAAAUACGACCCUGAACAAGUGUUCCAGACGCUCCAGAAUGAUGGAUUUCUCGUCCGGAACUUAUAG